UUGUCAUUGACUCGUUUUUGACGUUGAAACUUUUCCGCAAUGGGAAGCGACCGGCACUCUUCCAAGUCCAGCCUUGGCCUGAGCGACGGCUUCAGAAAGAAGCCCGGAAAGUUCCCGGAAAAUCCUCAUGUUUAUGAGGCUUGUGAGGAAAUCAAGAAAACAUGCCCUGAAGAAAAGCCAAAAACUUUCUGGUCAUCAAUGGGCGAUUACCCGAGACCGUUUCGCACUUUCGGCCCCAAGCAAUUUGAAGCUCUAAGUCAGUACAAGGGCAGCGUUUUAGCUUAUGGAUUGGCCACUUUCCUUGGAACCAUCUAUUUGUGCGAGUGGAAAGCUGUGCUUCAGUAUUUGCCGUAUUACAAUGGAGUAUAUGCUCGAGAUGAUUAAAAGUGGAGGCGAAUUUCAGUUUAUCAAACUUGAAAGCUGCCUAAAGGAUUAUAAACCGUUGCUGGAACAUUUAUGCACUAUUCAAAUUCUGUAAUUGGUAGUUGAACUGUUUUUUGGCCAAUAAAAUCAAUGAGUUUUAA